GCCGCUCAGUCAGUUUCAGGAACGCGAUGAGUAGACAUCGAUGUAACGCGUUGUCGUCGUUGUUUCCAUCUGAAAAACCAUCAUCCAAGCAGCAGCAGAAAUCUACCCGGAGCAAUCCAAGCUGUGAAAGAGUGAAAGAGAGCGAGUGUGCUCUUCUCGAGUCUAGUAACUGAUGAAUAAAGAGUAACGAGCGCAAAAGAAGGAAGAGGCACAAUUUAUGGAAGAAAACCGAAAAAAAUAAGUACAGGAAGAAGUGGAAUAAAGUGUCUCUUUCAAAAUAGUAAGUGUAGAAAAAGUGCUGAAAUUCAAGCCGAAAAAUUGGAAAAAAAAAGUGUAAUUAUCAUGAAAAUGAUGUUUCUGGCUGUGGUUUCAUUAAUUCCUGGUUAUCUGUAUGGAGGCGAUAACCUUUCGGGAAGAAAAAAGAGAGCAUUCCAGCUAGCAGUGUCCCAGCCGAUACUCGUCGCGUCAUCCUAAAGAGUUUAAUUUGGAUUGAAAAUUUAAUUUCCGGUUCGCGAAUUCAACCCGUCCGGUCGUGAAAAUGUACUUUUUCAGUGUAGAAAAGUGAAGAAAAAAAAAAACAUUGAUUGGAAGGACCUCUACGGAAUCUCAUGUUUCAUGACGUCGUCGCCUGAUUGAUGUCCAGUGCUAGCAGUUUGUUUUCCUGUUUGAUCACAACCCGAGUAGAAAAGAGGGAUCAGACAGCAGAACAAAUUUUGUUGGUGAAAAGUGUUGCAGUGCGUUAUAAUAUUUGUUUUCUAUUUUGUAGGAUUGCAUAAUAUAAAUUGUUAAAAAUCAGAAUUGUUAAGUGUGUUAAAUCUACGAUUGAAGGAAGAUUUAAAAGGAAAAUUACGAUUAUUUUAUGCGAAGUGCAAAGGAGAAAAAGGUAAUUUGCCACAGGAAAAAAUAAAAAUAGUGAAAAUUUCAUCUUCAUUCAAAUUUAAGAGUUCGUUAAGUUUCACUUCGCGUUCGUCGGGUACGUCGAUUCUUUGUAAAUUGUUCUUGUAAAUAGUUUACCCGCGAGCCAAGGAGGUGUAGUACGUCUUUGCGAGAAGAAGUGACUAUUAUGUUUCGCUACUAACGGAAAGAGAAGCCCAACAGGAAGCUCAAUUAUCCUGGACGGAUUUGGAGUUUCGGUUUAUCGUAAGAGCUCGGAAUCAAUAUCGUUAGGAGGAAACGAGUGUGAACCCAACCCGAGCUUCCCCCUUCCAAGGGGAUGGAGUCCGGAGUCCGUCUACUGUUGUUAGACCACUCUGAAUUCCGUGGUCGGUUUUAGGGAAGAGUGUUCGUUUCUUGUGAACAAGUGCUCCACAUCUGGAAUCCGGAAGUUGGUGUCCCAAGAGGAAAGUGAAAAUUCCUCGCGGAAGGAAUGGAAAAAAGUUUCAUACAGGAGCAGUGCAAACGUAGAAUGAUCUUAGAGUCCGGAUUCUCGACGUCCGGAAUACGCGAAUAAUUUUUGGGCUGAAAGAGAUUGUUCCCAGACCUUCUCUUUCGAUAUUUGUUUCGCUACGUUUUCUGUAGUAGAGUGUGCUUGUCUCAGUGUUUUCAUAUAUUUGGUGCAGUGUGCAAUUGCUGUGUUCGUCUACGGGGCCCAACAAAUUGUGUUUUAUUUCACGAUUCCAAUUUCUCCUUAGCCAGUCGAAAUCCGUGCGAUAAUCGUCGUCCGGAAAAUGAUGUAACAGUCAUAAACAUCAUCGUAUGUGGCCGUCCACAGUCGUGUCGCAGUCGUCCGGAAUCUGGUCAAAUUUACCUUUGAUCAGUCGGUCGGUUAGUCGAGCGAGAUCGUCCUUUUCCCCGCGGUGCGUCUCAUAAACGUGUUCGCGAAUCAAGUAUUUAAGGGAAAGGAAGAAUCGUGUCCAGUGAGUAAUUGUUCCGAUCCCGAUCGGUUCCCGGUAAGUGUGUCCCGAGUGUAGAAGUAUGAUGAAGGAGUGCUGGCGGUGGGUUUGAGAGAGAGAGAGCGAGAGGGAAAGAAUUGGAAAUUUGUCAAGAAUUGGGUUGACGGCCCCCAGACCGGAAAAGUCGCCUCCAUGAAGCACCUGAGGCACAAUGGUACGCGAGACUCGACAUCUUUGGGUUGGAAACUUGCCCGAAACGGUACGAGAGGACAGAAUACGAGAGCAUUUUAAAAGAUAUGGCAGAGUUCAAAGUGUUAGAAUUAUCACCUCUCAGGCGUACAAUCCCACCUCCCCCUCAUCGGCUACUGCAAGGACCGGUAGCAUUGAAACGGCGUCCAAGGAUCAUCAACAGCAGCUGCCUUUCGUUGAUAACAGCACCCACGACGGAGCUGACCUGCUGCUCUUAUCUUCUGGACCAUCAUCAUCCGCAGGAGGCGAAUUUGACGGCUCUGCAACGGCGUCCUCCUCUGCUUCAUGUUCGUCCUCUUCUGUUCCUGCUUCUUCUUCUUGUGCUUCUGGUACGCCGUCGGCGAUACCUGCUGCUGCUGCUGCAGGAUCAGCAGUCGAGUUCAGCAGCAACACUAUCAAUAGUAGUAGUAGUAGUAACAAUAGUGUUAGUCAUAAAAACAUUCCUCCUAGCUUAUCGGGCAACAUUAGUGUCGGCGGUGGCGGCAAUGGGCUGGUCAUCGGUGUUUGUGCAACGAUCGCUUUCAUGGACAUUAAGUCUGCGUCGAAAGCGCAUACUGCCGAGCACAAGUUCGACGAUCGUAUACUGACCACGGAAUACUACGAACCCUCGCUGCUGACGAUGCCCCCGACCGUGGCCCCAUCGACUGUUAGUGGCAGCGCCAAUUGUAGUACAACGACACCUGGUGAUAGUAAUUGUAAUAGUGCAUCUAGUACUACAAAGCCGAAACACAGCAGCGGUAACAAUAACAACAACAACAACAACAACAACGGUAGCAAUAGGGUAAACAGUCCUGGCAACAACAUUAUUCAGUAUUCUUGUUCACCUUCGGCAGCUGCAGGCUUCCUUCCGUUGUCGUCGGGAACGGGACUUUCGACGGUGACCGCCAGUGGCAGCGGUAAUUGCCCCAACGGUAGUAUUAGUAAAUCCGAAUCCUCUGGUGGUAAACUGCUAGGGCUUAGCGAUGAACAUGGCUCGUUCUACGAGUGUAGCAAUGGCAAUAGUACUAGUAGUAGUGGCAGCAGUAGUAGUAGAACAGCAAGCUUCAACCGUUUGCAUGGUGGCGACGAACACGGCAUCAGCGGCGGCAAUGGACGACGAGUGUCCGGCUCGACAGGUGGAUAUUCUAGGGAUCUGAUAGAUGGUGGUGGUGGCAACGGUGUAGGCAGUACCCGCGGUCGUCAACGUGAUCGCCAGCACUACCGCAACGGGCCGUACACGAACAUGGUGGAAAGCAGAUCGAACCCAAUCAGUCACCAUCGAUUAUCGUCCAGCAGCUGGUACAACAGCGGCCAGAACAGCAAUAACGGAAGUGGCGAUAACCUUUCGAUCUCGCAGCAGCAAGCCUCAGGUCCAGUACCGGCGACACCGCUGACUCCGACACGUAACGUCUACAGCGCUGUCGUGCAGCCGGACCAUCCCAUCCAACCGUCGACGUCGACGGCCUCCUCGUCAACCAAUCCCAUAGCGACAUCGAGCGCUGGAUCAGGUCCCGAGCGUGGUAGCAGCUGUUCGAGCAUCAACAACAACAACAACAGUUAUGAUAACUUUCUCGUAAAGAAGAAGCAAAGUUCACGCUCAUCGGACUCGGGGUCACCACAGCCUCAGUCGUCGCACUAUCAUCAUCAUUUGCACCACUCGCGAAACACGUCUCCGAUCUCAUCGACUCAUCAUCCUCAACAUCAUCAUCCGAGUGGGCAUCCGCAUAACCACAUCGGACAUUCCUCGCAACUACACACGCACAAUAGCAGAAGCGAUCGAUCGAUCUCGAGGUCUCGGUCCCGAUCGCACAGCAGUUCCUGCUCGUCCACCCACAGUACAACCACCAGUCAGUCGAACGAAACCUGCUCGACGACACGAAGUCCAGCUAUCCUAGCGCAAGGCUCGGUUAACAGUGGCCCAUUAUUCGGUAGUUGUCGAGAAGGACGUUCCGAUCGACUAGACCGGGAUUCAGCCGCGCGUGUAGGUCUACAGUCCGCUGUAGCAGUGAGCAGCAAUAAUAGCAACAAUAAUGGUGGAGGCAGCUCGGGUGCUAGCAGCAGCAGUGGUUCCGGUGCCGGUAGCCUAAAUUGCCACUCGGAUGACAACCGGCCACUGGCGAUUUGCGUUCGGAAUUUACCUGCACGUUCUUCCGACACUUCGCUGAAAGAUGGCCUAUUUCACGAGUACAAGAAGCACGGCAAAGUGACAUGGGUGAAGGUCGUCGGCCAGAGUACCGAUCGUUAUGCGUUAGUUUGCUUCAAAAAGCCCGAAGAUGUUGAGAAGGCUCUGGAGGUGUCCCACGAUAAGUUGUUUUUCGGUUGCAAGAUUGAAGUAGCACCAUAUCAGGGAUACGACGUUGACGAUAACGAGUUCCGACCGUACGAGGCGGAGCUGGACGAAUACCAUCCCAAGUCCACCCGAACUCUGUUCAUCGGAAACCUCGAAAAGGACAUCACGGCCGGUGAGCUGCGGAAACAUUUCGAUUGUUUCGGUGAAAUCAUUGAGAUCGAUAUCAAGAAGCAAGGUGUUAGUGCGUAUGCGUUUUGCCAAUAUUCGGACAUUAUCAGUGUAGUGAAAGCCAUGCGUAAAAUGGACGGUGAACAUUUGGGCAGCAAUCGAAUCAAGCUCGGGUUUGGUAAAUCGAUGCCCACGAAUUGUGUAUGGAUUGACGGUAUCGCGGACGGUGUAGGUGAAGGCUAUCUUAGGGCACAGUUCGAUCAUAUUGGCGCCGUGUCUCAAGUGACUAUCGAUCGUGAACGAAAGCUAGCGCUAGUGUUUUUCGAACAAGUUCAAUGUGCUCAAGCAGCGGUGAAAGAAAUGCGUGGCACGACGCUUCGUGGACGUAAGUUGCAAGUGGAUUUCGCUUCGCGAGAAUGCCAAGAUGCAUUUUUUGACAAGUUGGACAAACAAACAUGUGCGACAUUCGGUUCACCGCGGUUCGAAUCGGGUGCGAGUGGCCGUUUCACCGGUAAUCGUUACGUGGAAAGUACCGGUCGAAGCAGAGCCACCUCCUUCAGUCGGCCCGGUAAUCCGCUGAGUCACAGUGGAGCUGUGUCACCUCGGCACGAUCCUUCGCCGGUUUCUUCGAGCCGCGGUGGUGGCACUUCUAGUUCCCGAUCUCGAAUCGUUCGGUAUACGAACGAUGAUUACUACCAGGACGGUGCGAAUACCCAUGGCAGUGGCAACGAGCGGAGGUUUCGCAAUUAUGAUGAAUACAGUCAAGGGUCGGCUGCCAGUUCGCAUGAGGACGCGUAUGAACACGACGGCUAUAGUGCAAGUCACGUGAGGAGUAGUGCUCACGAUCGGCUGCAACCGUCGUCGACGUCAGAUUCGCCGCCCCCAAUCGUAACGUCCAGCGGUCUGUCUUCGUCGAUACAGUCGCGGCUGGGCGAUGUGGAACCGACCGUUGGUCUUAGUAGGAAGCGAAGUGAGAAAAGUCCAGGUGAUAUACGAUAUUUACAAAAAGAAAGAGUACAUAUUUUAGAACAAUUAGAAGAAUGCCCGUCCAGUGGUGAUGAGUUAGUAAGUCCAAAGAAACGUAUCAAAUACAAUCCAGAUGCUCACCUUGGCAGUGACCCAUCUGAUCAUCAUCAUCCCCAUUAUUCUUCUACUUCUGUGGCCACCUUGGCGGUGUCAGCGGCGGUAAGCGGUGAAGUGGCGAGUGGUUUGUGUGAUCCAGUGAUGUCAUCAUCGUCCGGCCGAGGAGGCGUCAGUGGCGAAGGCAGCGGAGGACAUCAUCAUUACAAUAGUAACAGUAGUAAUAAUAGUAACCAUUACAACAGUCACCACCAUCACCACCAUCAUAACAGUGCGGAUAGUGGUGGUCUGCAGCCCGGAUUCUCCACUUCUUCCACGGCUUCGCACCACCGAAAGUGCGUUGAAGUACGGCGACUCUCGGACUGCAACCUGCAGCAAUCAAAAUCGUUAUCAAGCCAAUCAACGCCUUCAUCUAUGCAUAGUAACAAUAAUAGCAGAAGACCGUCCACUGACAGCGCAUCGUUGCAUCAAAGACAUGGUAGCAAUAGCAGUAAUAGUUCUUCCAGUUUACAACAAUCACACCUAGAUAGCGGGCAUCUCUAUUCCCAUUCGUUGAACAAACGACGGAAAACGAUUUUAAAUAGUGACAACAGUAUGACUGUCAUUGCGAGCGCAGGGUCGGCAUCGGUAUCGUCUAACGAACACCAUCACUCAUCUCGUGGACGGGGUCAUCAACUGCACUCGAUACAUUCGCAUGAAGCGAGCGGAGGUGAAAGUGCCGAUGGAUCACGACCCGGAACACCACUCUGCGAUGAACGACCUGAAAAUCUUCCACCAAGUGAACCCAGACGAAUACCCACGAGUCGAACGUACAAUCAGGAACCGCUAAGUUUACCUCUGCCACGGUUUGCGAUACAGUUCCUGCAGCAGUACCGAUUACAGAAUCAGCAACAUCCAAUGUCCUCGUCGGUACCUGUAACUUCAUCACAUUCAUCCUCCAAUAAUGCUCUGCCAAGCUCUUCGCUACAUCAGUCUACAUCGUCGUUGCCGACGACGUCUUCGUCAGCGCCAUAUUCUAACGUGUCUGGCACAUCGUUAUCGUCGUCGUCGUCGUCGUCGUCGUCGUCGUCAUCGUCGUCAUCAUCGCAGCAGCAGCAAAGUGCUCUAAGUUCAUUGCAUUCGGCUGCACCCAGUGGUGCUACAAGUGGUCCUUCACUCUCGUCUAAUUCUAGUCUACUAAACAACAAUCUGUCGAGUCCACCGCCAACGCAUCCAACUAAGCUAUCCCUGCUGAUACCACCGAACACAGGUUCGAGUAGUAGUUCCGCGACAGGAAACACUCCGGCCAGUGCCAGUACGUCAAACAGUUUAGAUCAUGGUACCCAGGCACCUGCCAGUCCAUUGCGAGCACAUUCGGUAAGUUCGCAUUCGAGUGAUUCCGAGGGUGGACCCUCUACCUCGCCGUCUCUGGAAGAACGAAUCAAUCGAUUGGAUGAAAUGUAUGAAAAGUGGUCCGGCAAUAGCCAAACUCGGUUCAACAAUGCUGUAGCCGAGCUGCACUUCAACGAGCGGCACCAUAACCAUCAUGUGUACCAUCACAACCACACCAGUACAACCGGAGGCAGUCUGAAUCAAUCGCCGCUCUCCAACGUUUCAUCCUCGUCGACGUCAUCGUUCCGGCAUAAACUUCUAGAACUCGACGUGCAUGAAGUCCCUCCGUCUGACAUAGUGAAAUCUGUCCUUUCACGAAAAUCAAUUUUCGACGAAGAUCUCAAACGACUGGAAAACAUAAGCGACAAGUACGAACCCGGUAUGUUCUCGGGUUUUACAAAAACCACUGCGAAUUUCAAUGCCGUUAGCACAACUAGUUCGGCUGCUGCAUCUCCGGUUAACACGGUCUUGGCAUCGCAAUCCCCGUUGCAUGCAUUGAAAGCGCAAACACCACCAGCUCCUAGCCUGCAACGACUUGGCAGUUGUAGUGCCUCCGGUUCUCCAAUGAACAGUCCCCAGCCAUACAAUAGCCCUAAUCCGUCUGUUAAAUCUGGUCUGCAGUAUCCGUUCCCAAGUCAUCCACCGUCAAUGCCAUCGGUAGCUGUUCCUAGUUCAACAUCCCUGACAGCGUCUGUGACGCCUCCUACUACCAGUACGGUCACUUCUAUUGCCGGCAGUACCAACACCGGAACGAUAUCAACCUCCUCUACCAGUGCUAGCAACAGUUCGCUUUCCGCUUCAGCUUCCUCCUCUCCUGUUCAUAGCACAACAGCACCAUCCACUCCAAGCACCUGUGCAGCGCCAAGCAGUUUGUCCAGUACGGCGUCAACUAGCUCAACGGUAUCAACUAUGAGCUACAGCAGUUCGGCUACCCUAGCAAAUAAACCAAAGACCAAUAUUUUAAAUAAAAGUAUUAGUUUAACGGAAAAAUCAAGUACAAAUAUUAGUAGUAACAACAAUAAUAAUUUAACGAGUAAUAGUAGUAAUCUAACGAGUACUAGCGGUAGCAGUAAUACUAGCGUGAAUGAAUCGUCUACGUUGGUAGCAAGUACUACAACCACUGCAACGACAACGAGCAUACCAACACCGAAAGUAUCCUCAAUAUCUUCUUCUUCUUCUUCGUCGUCGUCAUCGUCAACUGAGGCAGUUGUAACGUCAAACACUGCCGUAGUUUCCACAACGGAAAGUAGCACAUCAGAAGCUUCAACAGGCUCUGCAACCACUUCCAACAAUUGCAAGAACACUACAAUUACGACAGCUCCACCUGGUAGUACAAAUUCCGGUACAGUUAGGUCCAACAGUAAACCGUCAUUAUCAACGAACACUUCCACAGAAGGAGUACAUCAGCAUUCCAAUAGUUCUAGCACUAACCACGGUGUCGAUAACAGUUGUACCAAUAGUGGCAACGAGAAGGAGGAAAAGUCUAGCAGUAGCAAUGGCUCUGGAAGCAAACACCACAAGGAUCGGCGGAAACUGUCUACAGCUUCGUCCUCCUCGACAAGUUCGACGGGAUCCAGCACGCCAACUACCUCUUCGAAUGCUCCUCCGCCACCGCCGGAACCAAAAACUGGCGAUGCAUCGCUUGCAGAUGACGAUCAACCUCCAAAACAGCCACAUCAGAUCAGUGGAAGCUCAAGUGGAAAGCAUAACAAAUCUAGCAAGUCGAAUAACCAUCACGGUCAUAGUCAUAGCCACGGCCACAGUCACAGACAUUCCAGUGACAGUGCCAGUAGCUCGAGUAGCUCGGUGUCGACUAAGAGUCACUACAAGAGCGGUUCCGACGAUGUAAACGAAUUUGAUCGUUUGAAACGAGAGAUACCGGUGAACACGGUCAACUCCAGAAGUGGUUCAUUCAGCCGUAAAGAGCGCGAACGACAAGAGCGAGAAGAAACAGAACGCAGGCUCGACGAAGAGCGGAUCCAACAGGAAAAGGAAGAAAUGCGUCGUGCUCAGGAGCAAAAGGAGCUUGAGCUAGAAGAGCAAAGGCGGAAGGAGAAGGAAGAAACUGAUCGGAAAGAGCGAGUGGAGCGCGAACAACAAAUCCAACGUGAACAAGAACUGGAAAGAGAACGUCAGCUACAAAAGGAGCGUGAAGAACGAGAAAAGGUGGAACGUGAAAAGUGGCAGAAAGAAGAAACCAGACUGGUGCAACCUCCGAAAGAAGUAUUUGAAACUUGUGACGCCUUGACGAAUCACCACAGUAAAGAUCGACUGGAACCGGUUAAUUCGUCAUGCAGCAGUUCGCCGUCUCAAAAUAUUUCGAAGCGUCGGCUCAGCUCUCCAGAUAGCAACGAUUCUCCAAGCGAAGAAGCUAAUACUUUGAAAAAGCAUAAGCAAAAUAACGUCGAUAGUGAUCGCAUCGCUGAACAUCGUGAUUCUGGGAAGGACGGCAAGAGAGACAAGCACCACAAAAGUCAUAAUCGGAAUGAAAAAUCAUCCAAGUCAUCUUCGGGAUCAUCGACGUCUUCGGAUAAACCUCUAUCGCAUCCGAAUGCCCUCUGCAGUGUAGGCAAGCAUGACAAUCAUGAUGAGAAGCAACAGUUUCUACUGGAAGAACGGCGCAAGGAAAUUUCGUUUUCUGGUGAUACAGAUACAGUUCAUCUGAGUCACCACCACAAAAAGAAAGAUCGCUAUCAUGAAAAGCACAAGUCCAAGAAAGAUCGUGAAGCGUCUAGGGAUAAGGAAAACACUCAAAGUGUCAAUUUCCCCAUGGAAAGUUUUACCGAUCAUCACCGGUCCACCAGUGACGAGGACGAACACGUUCGCAUUCGGCACAGAAAGGAACGAAAAAGUUCCAAGGACUACGGUAGGCGAUUUCACAGUGAAGAUGGUUCAGAUUACAAGAAGUACGAAAGAAAGCUUAGCCGGGCCGAAUCGUCUGGCGAUGAGGAAGUUAGGAAAAAGAAGAAUCGGAUUAACAAUAGUCGUCCAAAGACAACCAACAGCUCAGAUACGGAUGAUUCCGAUGAACCCAAAAAGCACUCAAUCUUUGACAUCCCCGACGACGGGCCCAACAUUUCAAUGUACGACAAAGUGAAAGCGCGGUCCUGUAAGAAUAUGCAAAGGCAAGAGGAGGAGAAAAAAAUCAAAGCCAAGUUCAACAAGCUGAAACAGAGUCGAGAAAAACGGGAGGGUAAAAAUCGAUCCAAGAGCUGGGACGAGGAUUCCGAUACGGAUGGCAUGAACUCGGAUACGACUAUAAAUAGUAAAUAUAACCACAAAGAUCAUCUCAAGAAGAGUGGCACAAUGACCACAUCAGAUGAUGAUGACCAUUUACCAACGACACCUAGGAUGCGACGUCAUAUGAAGGAACCGCUAGCUACUGACUCGGAUGAGGAGAACAACCGAAGGCGUUCUAAUCGCGAUCGAUUGAAUGAUCUAUGUGACGACGAGAGCUCUGAUGAUGAUCGUUCAGCUAAACGGGUACCCCGUACACCUCGUCGGAGUUCCAGCGAGAAACAUAUGUCACGAAAGAACUCACACUCAGCCAAAAUGCAAUCGGAAACCGAUUCAGAGGAUGAUCUUGGGAUCAUUAGAGAAACACCAGCCACUCCGAAUUGUGAGAAAAAACCCCUCGUUCCCGAAAUGAAGAUGGAUCACGUCAGUAUCAAACAGGAAAUGAAGAGCGAAGAAGACACCCAGGAAGAAGUCCGUAAAGUAGACAUAAAAGUGGAAACGAAGGUUCAACCCCCUUCGGCGCUGGUGACAAGCGAUGUAUCCGAUGACGAUGAGGUCGCCAAAAGUGUCAUCAAAUCGGAAAUCAUACCCACUGUUUUGAUCAAGAAGGAACCUGUAGAAGAAGGAUUCAACUUGGUCAAGAAUCGUUAUGGAGAUGUUUCAUCCGAGGGUGAGCCGAACAUAACCACAGUGGUUAAUGCAGAAAUAGAGAACACAGUGAACAGCGCUGUUGAUCAGUUAAUGUUUGGACAUUCUGAUCUGAAGAAGAGGCACAAGAAGAAGCAAAAGCGUCAUAAGACUGUCGAAGGAUCUGAGACAGAUGUGAAAAGUGAAAAGGAACAUUCACCACACGAUGACGUCGGUUCUGCGAAUACUAUGUUUGAUGAACUGAAGAAGUCUUCUGACGAUCAGAUGUACGUCAGUUCGAAGAAAAAGCAUGGUGGCAAAAAGGACAAACGACGAGAUCGAUCCAAAGAAGACCACGAAAAAUCCGGAAAGUCCAAAAAGUCGAAGAACAAGCACAAAGACUCAAACAAAAUACCAGAUUCCAUGGUAACCAGUGCGAAGCGAGAAGAAAAGAUAGAAGAUAUCUUUGGGCCAAUUUCUGAUGAGGAGUCUCAGCAUUCGUCUGUUGAAACCGAAGUAUCAAUUAAACAAGAACCGGUUGAUUUGAAAGCUGAAGAUGCAUCCAAGCCGUCAGAGACAGAACAGGCGAACGAAUGUGAGAUAACCGAGAAAGAAAAGAUGAAGGAAGAAUCUAGGAAGAAGAAGGAGAAAAAACGUCGUGAACGUGAAAAGCUUCGAGCGACAAUAACAAUGAAGGAAGAAGAAAACAGUGUAGAUUUGGACGAGGCAGGUCGCGCCCUCGAAGCACAGCUCAUGAGUGACUCUGAUCAAAAAGCUGAAGAUGCUUCUCCGAGUUCGACGGUAACUACUAGCGGAAAACGAUCCUCUGUUGAUGUGAUGGAUGUAUUCCGAUUCACCGACGGAGACGAUAGUAUGGAAACAUCAUUUACCGAGAAAAAGGAAUCCGAUCAUGGUCGUAAAGAAAAGAAGAAGAAAAAGAAGAGAGGCAAAGAUGAGAAGCAUAAACACCACCACAGUACCAGCAAUAAUCAUACAAAUCCUCCUACGAUGACUCCGAUAACUCCAACGAACAACAAGUUAUCGUUGGAUAUAAUAUCAGCUCAACAAGAAGACAGUAAACAUAGCAUUAGCAAACCUUCUCCCAGCUUACCUUGUUUGCUUGACGAAAGUCCACCGGCCUCAAACAGCCGACAACCAGCCCAACCAAUGUACCCGACGACGCCAUCUAGACAACUUCUAUCGCCUACUCCAACGGGCCACGAAUUGGCUAGUUCUACUCCAACCAAAGACGACGAGGAAUCGCUGCCGGCCAGCAUAAAAGAAGAAAGCACACAAGCUAAACCAUCUGAACCGUGCUCCUCAUCGAAUCAGUCAAAACGGAAACCGGAGAAGUUGAUUCCAGGCUUUGGCACUGACAUUGACGAGCAGAUUCAUGAAAAGGCCGUACUUUCUAUUUCCGGAGAGUUUAUUUCUGAAAAAAUCGUCAAGGAUGAAAUCAAGAGUUCAGAUCCAGCCGAUUCCUUGAAGAACAAAUCGGACGAAAUAAAAAUAGAAGAAAAAUCGAGAGUGGUAAUCUCGCAAGAAGAAACCGAAGACGCAGUGGCAGCUCUGCUUGGUGAAAGCUUCGGAACAUCGAAUACACCUGAUUUCUCGAUCGAUUAUUCAGUAGAUCCGGCCGAAGAGUCAUCUUCACAGUUGGCUUCUGAUCCGCCGCAAAUUCCAGAUGAAGAUAAUGAGGAAAUUAAGAAAGCUAUCCUCAGUUUAAACACCGAAGGCCUAGACAUGAAACCGGAUACUCCGACAUCCGAACACGAUCUGCAAAUCGAUACCGACACCGAAGAUCAGGCAGAUGAUGAGCAUCCAGCAAGCUUGUUACGAUUUGACAAUCCACCAAAGACCCCGGAUGUGGAUUUGAGUCAAAUUGGUAAGCCCUUAUCGGAUACAUUGAGCAGUUCUUCUACUCCAAAUUCCGCCAAAAAGGACGACAAGCUGGAGAUGCCUGAUACACCCGGCAAGAAUGUGCACAUUGUUAGCAGUGUGCCUGCAACUUCGACAUCUCAGAGUGCACCUGUAUCGACAAUCACGAUUAACACUGCAAUGCCCAGUUCGGCAUCAACUGUAUCGAUCGUUUGUAGUGCCUCCACUGUCACAACCACCAAUGUUACAACCAAUACGAAACCAACUGUGGCUGUUCAAAUGCCAAUCGUUGUACAGAAUCAGAAGCCGGUGACGCCAACAACAGCGACAUUAGCAAUCAAGGAUUCGCAAGCAAAGGCACUGACCACAACAACAACCCCGGUCGCUAAAUCAGUGUUCACAUCGUCAGCCACAGUUGUUCAAAGUAAAUCAACGCCUAUUGUCGCACAGAAAUUGACAGUUAGUCAACCACCGUUGGUCGGCAAUCAAUUGCCGAUUCGGCAUCAGUUGAUCAUGCAGGCGCCUCCAACGAUUACCAUUCCUGAACAACACCCUAUGUACCAAUCGAUGGAGACCGUGAUGUCUCCUAGAGGACCAGCUGCGAGUGACCCUAAGAUGCAGUCGCCGAAGUUACAACACCAACCUCUUUCUCCCUUUGCGAGAACAUCAUCUCCGACGGCUACGAGCCCGAACAUGUUGAGAUCACAGUUAAGUCCACACCAGAUGAUCAUUCAUCAGCCAGGCGGCCAAUUCUUAGUAUCAUCACCGAGUUCUACUAACCAGUUCCUUCCGAAAGCUGCGCAAAUUGUUCAGCCUAUCAACACGACGCCUCGAUUCCCAGGAGUAACGCAAAUGAAAACGUCUCCAUCGUCGCAAAAAUCAAAUGAGCAGUCAUCUAACAAGCAGGCUAUUACUACAUUCGCAAACGUGGGCAUGGCACCGGGAGCUCGAGUCGUUACAACCAUGGCUAAUACAACAUCAAUGCCCGCUCUGGGAAACGAACCUUCACCUGUUUCUGCUACUGGAUCAAAGGUUAUAGUAUCGUCAGCUACUGUACCAUCGACUACCACGUACGUUAUCCAUAACAGUAAACCUUUGGACCCUGGACAAAAAGCUACUCCUGGUACUCCUACCAAAACUAUCAUUCACCAGCAACCGAUGUAUAUCCAGCAUCCCAUCAAACAAUUUGUGCCACAGCAUCCAGUUGCAAUGCAACCGCAAAUGGUAAUGGGUCAACAACCAAUUCGUAUGCAGCAGUCCGUACCCACCUCGACGACCAACGUUAUCGUCUCAAAGCCAAAACAGGACUCGAAACCGCUAAAUACAAUUUCGACAAUUACUUCAAAUCCAAAUCACCAGAUACCGCCUAUAGCUGCAGUAGUUCAGACGGAUACGCCCUUGUCAGCAAUAGAUAAAGUCGUUGAACUGUCCAAGGACAAGCUGUCGCCCUCCGAAGUGACAACGCCGUCCACAGAGAAAGAACGGCCUCAAUCAACUGGUAAAGAAGACGCAGUCCAACCACAAACUUGUGUGAAGCUUGAAACAUCUGCUGCUGCCGAAGAAUCUGCUAGAUCUUUACUUACUGAAGAGAAUGUUGCCAAAAUUCAUGACAACUCCAGUACGUCGAAUGUUCUUGGCAUUGAUCAGGAAGAUCCAGAAGGUGAUUCUAAGGAAGAUAGUGACUACUGGUCUUCCAAGGAUACCAUAAUUGAUUCGGUGAUCAAGAAGGUUGACGCACUCUGUUCCGAAGACGACGUUUCGGAAGGUGGUUCGGAAGUGAACAAAGAAGACUGGAACAAAACAGAAGAUAAGCCAAAAGCUGGUGAACCCGCACCUGCUCCAAGCGUGUCAAGCAUAUCCAGCAUUCCAGCUUCCGAACCGCCCAAAGCAGAUGAAAAGAAAAUCGAGCAGCCACCUUUCGCGGGUACAAUUACAUCUACGGUUCCCGUUCAGUCAUCAGUAUUGUCGACGGUGCCAGCUCCUACUCCUGUGUCGGAACCUACCACUACUCCAGCAGAAGAAGAUGAGGUCGAGGAAAGUUCAACAGAAGCCACACCUCCUACUCGUGGAGGGAAGCGUGGAGGUAGACGGGGAGGAAGGAAAACAUCGGAAAGUGUUUCAACUCCAGUCAAAGCUCCAGGAUCGGAUAAGGUACCGGAAAUGGAUACUGCUUCGACCGCUAAACGUGGUGGCAAAACGGCUUCAAAGCGUGGGAGAGGUGGUGCAAGAGGCGGAGCUGCGAGAGGUGGAGCUUCAAAUGUGCAACCUAUGCCAAUUCCGGGUUCAAAAGGUAAACAUCAGAACACGGGAUCAGAUGUCUAUGAAUUUCACGAUGAUUCUGGUGAAGAGGUUGCUGGAAGUGACAAGCAACAAGCGGACGGGUCCCGCCCAAGAUUGAUUCUGACCAUCAAGAAUCAGGGUACAACUGCAUCUCCAACCCCGUCCACUUGCACUGCUCCGGUUGUUGUUACGUCUGCUCCAGUAAUUCAACCAAGUAUGACCACUGUUGGAAUUAUCAGCACCCCUGCGGCUCAGCUGCACCCAACCACCUCUUGUCCUGUUCCUCAGCUACCGUUGGAAACCCAGAGUAUUCCGGCACAAGUUACUGAUGCAGGAUCAAAAGAAGAACUCAUGCAACCUCCGGGAAACACUCGCAAGUCACGUCGUUUGCUGGAGAAAGAUGGGCGUACCACCGUGGAUGACAUUAUUGACGAUGUCAUCCGUAAUGGUCCAUCGCCAAGGGUUAUGCUGGCUCCACCGGUUCAAAUACCCCCGCAACAGCAAACACAGAUGCUCAUUCAACAAUUCCAAACGCAACAAACGAUCAACCAGGUCAAUCAGAUGAUGUCGCCAGCUCAGUCGCAGCUUGUGCAGAUGGUUCCGGGUGAUCUUCCUGGACAUGCGGGUAGAAGGGCGACUAGAAACAAUGCAACCAUGGCUAACGCUAUGAGUCCGGAUGCUCGCAAACCUCCCCGUGCAGGACGUAAAGGGAAAGACCGCAAAAUUUCUGAAACAUCUAACGAUAGUAACGACGAGCGCCCAAUGGGUGUUUCCAGGCCUAGUACAAUCGAUGGUAAGGUUGAUGAAACGUCUGUUGCUGGCACCUUGUCUGCUACAGCACCGGUUACGCCGAGUGUUUCUGUAACGCGGCCUAAUGAGAUGGCUUCGUUGGCUGACAAAUCGAAAGAGAAACCGAAGUCAGCCGAUGAGGUGAAAACGGAGCUUGGUUCGACUCAAGCAAGUUCGCUAGCAUUAAUAGAUCCGGUUACUGGUGAGUUAACUGUGGUGCGAACAAGCAAAGAAGGUCAAUAUGUGCCAAUGCCGAACGCUCCACAGCCAUUAAAGAAGGUCAUUGCGGCGGCUGCAAAUGCAGAAAUGAAAACGUCACCAACUCCAUCGAUAUCCGCCUCGGCAUCACCAGUCCCAAAUAGAACUCCAACACCGGGAUUGGCUCCAUCACCUGGAAUGACAAGAGUACCCACACCCAACACUACGGUCGCUCCGCAUCCUACGCAACAGAUGGAGGCCCAAAAGAUGUCUUCUGCUGCUAUGGUUAAGCAAAGUACUCCACUACCUGUGUCAUCUCAAAAUCCGAACAUUUCGGCACCCACUGUCGUCGUGCAGCCGCCACAUGCUACCGGAGGAACCGUUGUCAUACAGCAUCCUCUGAGUCAAGGAAUGUCCCAGCUUCCGACAGUGUUGCAACCAGGUUCAUCAAAAUCGCAUUCGUUGAAAGCCCACAUGUUAAGUUCACAGCAGAUCAUGAAUCAACAAUCACAAGCUGGCAAGCCGGCUCAUCCACCAUCUUCGCAAGGUCAGCCUCAGAUCGUGUACAAGUCGGUCAUGUCUCAGCAACCGGGAACAGUUUCGGGAGCUAUUCAUACCACCACUGGAAAGCAAAUUCAUCCCAGUACAAACAUGAAGCUUCCUCCUCAAAAUAUGUCACCUCAAGGUGUUUCACAACAAGCUGGUCCUCAGCAGAUCAUCAUUCAAAAUCAGAUGCAACAACAACAAAUGACAAUUAACAAGCACACGAUCAUCAAUAAAAUUGGGCCACCGCAGCAGCAGCAGCAACAACAACAAGGCCAUCCCUCAGCAGUACAUCAUCCACCUGGAAGUGGAAAUCUAUUGAUCAAUAUUCCUCAGAAUUCCCAAAUGGGAAAUAUUCCCAUGUCUCCGAGAAUGCCCCAUCAGGUGGUGAUAACCAACAACAAAGGUCAACCGGGACAAAUACAAUCUCAGCAACCACAUUCACCACAAGUUGUCCACAAACAACAAGGUCAACCACCGCAACUGAACCAUCAAGGUCAACCUGGCCCUCAGCAAAUCAUCAUCCACAGCAGUAAAGCACCACCAGGACAUCAUCAGAUUCCUACCGGUUAUACAACUGUGCUGCAGAGUGGCGGGAAGAUUAUCCAUCAAGGACCAGUGCAGCUUGGCCAAGGUCAACCCCAACAACAGCAGCAGGGCAUGCUUGGAAAGCAGCAAACCCAGACUAUCCAAAUCUCCAGUGCUAGCGGAGUUCCGAUCCAUUAUCAACAACAACAGUCGAUUCAGUCUCAACCUACGGUGGUACACAAAACUGUCACGACGGUCCAUGGUGGGCAAUCGAUCAAGAUACAGCAGCAUAAGGUUGGUCCUGAAACCAUUGCUCAUAUGCAAUCCGUCCACGCUGGUGGAAAACAGGUUUUUCAGCAGACAGCAGGUUCUGUGGGAGCAAAAUUACCUCUCCAGCAACUAUCUUCGUUGCCGCAUAAUCAACCAGUUGGCUUGAUGAAGGCGAAUCACGUCGUAUCAGGUCCUCCACCGGUCGGUGGUAAUCAACAGCAGGUUGCACCGCCACCUUCUCCAUCGCAGCUGUUAACGAUUCAGCCAGGCAAAGGAGUUUCUCCCCAUCUGCAUCCGGCACCACAGAUUCUCACCGGAGCUGUUGCUAGCCCACCGCUGAAGCAACCCCAUAUGCAGAGUCAACAGCCGAUUGUAACAGGUGCAAGCAGUUCUCGCAUUGCCGUGCCACCGAUCAGUCCGCAAGGACAACCGGGACCACCACCGGCGUCCCAUUUGAGACAUAUCCAACAGCCGGGAUUGAACGUGCCACCCCAGGUGGCUUACGAAACGAACCAGCAUGGAGAUUUGGCAGGAUUCAUCGCUCGCGGACAAAGUCCUCCGCCGGCUCAUCAGCAGCAAACGUCGCCAAUUACACCGAACGAUGCCUCCUUUCGCGGUGGGAUGCCACGGGAGUUUGCCAAGUACAUGUACAGCAGAACCAGUAUUAUACCAAGCAGGUCUCCAAUGUUGGCCGGAUCCAUGGAGCAACGUGAACUGUCUGAUAUGGAAGAAAGUGUGGCAGCGAGCCCUCCUCUCGAAUUACGCCGUCCACCGAGUGGUCCACGUCCUGUAACGACUGCCGUGCCUGUGCCUCACAGUUUGCAGAGCCCUGGAGAUCGUUCCACAGAUUCACCACAAGUGGCACAAGUAUACAUAGGAAGCGCUCGCAUUCCACAUAAUUAUUCGGACUCCCUCCACACGCGGUUCUACGAUCCGGCAGCUGCUGGAUCUAAUGCUCCGCCACGAGCUAUGAGUGCUGAGCCACCACCAGCUCACCGACCACACAGUUUGGUAAACACCGGUACAGGAUUCCCUCCGGGAUCCUAUCCCGGAACACCCAGUCAGACUCCGCCUCCAGCAUCACCGGCUAAUCUUGCACAAAUCCAGCAGCAGCAGCAGCAGCGUGAUCAACAACAACAAUCUCAACAACAGCAGCAGCAGCGUGAUCGCGAGCUGCAGCAACAGAGGGAUCGCGUCACGCUGACAGGACAUGCAGCGGCCGCCGCUCCUGUUUCGAGUGCCCCGUUGCCAGCCCAUAGUGGAAGUAUGCCGGCAUCGAUGACUCAACAACAACAGGCUGCUGCUGGACGAAACCUUCAGACAUCGACUCCUCCUGUCGGGGCCGUCCAGAUGCCUGCUAGUGGUCCACCACCGACACAGAGUGAUUCGCUGGAGGCCCUACUGCAACGUUAUCCGGUCAUGUGGCAAGGAUUGCUGGCUCUGAAGAACGAUCAGGCUGCAGUGCAGAUGCACUUUGUGCACGGCAAUCCGGGCGUGGCGGGCAGUUCACUGCCGAGCAACAGCGACGGUACAACGCCCCCGUUACGGAUUGCUCAGCGAAUGCGGCUCGAGCCUGCACAAAUCGAUGGCGUCGCACGGAAGAUGCAAAUGGACCAAGAGCACUGCAUGCUUCUGGCGCUUCCAUGCGGCCGGGACCGAAUGGAUGUACUCCAGCAGCAGAACAACCUUCAGACCGGUUUCAUUACCUACCUACAGCAGAAACAGGCCGCCGGCAUUGUGAACAUUGCCGCUCCCGGAAGUUCACAGGCGGCCUACGUCGUACACAUCUUCCCGUCGUGCGAAUUUGCCAACGAAAACCUGGCCCGCAUCGCACCGGAUCUGAUGCAUCGGGUGGCCAACAUUCAGUAUCUGCUGAUUGUGAUUGCCACGGUGUAGGAUGGGGUGAGUGUGUACGAUGUACCCGGAUGUGACUCCAACUAUUGGAACCCGAUUUUGACGCAAAUCAGUAAUGUUUGAUAGCAGAGCAGAGAGGGAAAGAGACAGAUAGUAGACGGAUGUGAAUUGAUCUCAUUAAAGUAACAAAAUAUUUUACUAUUACUACUACUAGCAAGAGGAAAGGAAAUGUCACGUCAUGCAAGCAGUGAUAAUUUAGAUUUGUUUAAGGGCAGAAAGACAAAAGAUUACUUAGAGUUGAGAUAGGGCAGGAAGGGUCGGGAGGAAUCGAUAUGAGAAAAGCUAGUGUUGAACAUAAGUUGUUGAGUAAUAUGGUAAGGACGAGUGUGUAGCAGAGUGGUAAAUAUAAAAGCCUAUUAUUAAGUGGUUGAAUAUUCUUAAACAAGAGAUAAGAAAUGUACGCGCAAAUAAGCGUGAUAGAAACCCUGGAACAGGAGAAGAGAGGCAAUCGAUUUUACGCAGAUGCAGCUUACUUCUACGUGUUUCUUUCGAUGUGGGAAAAGUCCAAGAAUCAUGGAAUAAAAUGUGUGGGAAGGAAAGAAGUUUAUGUGACAACUGUGAUUUUGAUCAUAAUUUUUAAGUAUUAUGAACUCUUUAUACUAACCUAUGAAGCAAAAGGCUACUAAAUCGACACGAAAUCGACGUUAAACGAUUUGUUGAGUAAAUUGUGGGUAACUCUACUUUCCUUCAGUAGAGUUUUGGGCUGUUCACCGGACAGUCCUCGGCAUCGGAGGAUGGAAAACUGAAACUGAAAGAGAUUUUUGUACAUGCUGGCAAAACGAGAGGGAAGGGUGGUCUUCUUUCCUUCUUAUUACUAAUUUAUUGAACAUUGUUUUCGCUUUUCUGUUAACAGGUGUGUAGUAUAUAAGUUCUUUUUUACUUUUUGCCUAAAACCGAUGUGUACGAUAUAGGAUCAACAGUAGGUGGAGUUGUCGUAAAAUAUUUAUAUUGUGUACAGAGAGAACGCAAGAGCUGAAUGUAAUUGUUGAAGCUUAAAUAGUAGAUUUACAGCAAAUAAGUAACCAACGAUGAUGACGAAGAAAGAACAAGAAGAAGAAGAAGAAGAAAAAGAGGAUAUAAUGUAUAGGAAUAAAUAUUUCACACAUAAGCUAAUUGGUAAAAUUCAAGGUAGGUCUCAUAAACUGUUUCUAAGGAAAAGUUAAUAAAUGCAAUGUUCAAUGAAAACGUAAACAUUGCAAGUAAACGAUAAAAGCUAGUGAUAAGUUUCCUACGAUUGAAGUUAUUGUUUUAUUUUUAAAGGAAGUAACUUAAGGCUAGUACUACGCGCAGUUCACACUUGUGUAAAUAUAAUCUUAAACGGAAGCUAAAACAUCAGAGAAUUAUGCUGUUUUUAGAAGUCUACAGUGUAAGAACACACAAUUAACAUUUACAUGCAAAAUUGAGAAUGCGAACAAUCUUGUUUGUAAAUACGCUGAAAGUAAAAACAAGCAACAAUCAUCAAUUUGCAGAUUGAAAGCGUAAAUGACAAAACAUGAGCAAAUAUUUUGCGUCUGUCAUUUCGGUUUGAUUAGUUUUUUUUCCCGAUGAAUGGUUUGUGUCGCGCGAGUUCAUGCUGCCACACGUGUCCUGUCCAUGGUUGUGAGCCGCCUUUGCAGAUAAGUUUUUAUGCUGAGCACAAUUUGUGUUGAUGUGGAGUAGAAGGAAGCUUCGGCAGCUUUUGUAACAUUCAUCCUUAAACAGUUUCGUUUGUUCGACACGUGGUCACUACUUCACGUGUCAACACUCGAUCGACGCACUGCUCUAUACGUUUUCGAUUCAUGUUUGUGUCGUCCGAAGAUUGUAGCGGAAAAAAUAUUGCUCAUUAGAUUGUUAGAAGACAGGAUUGAAGCUAACUGCACUUCCACCGUUGUGACGAAGAAAUAAGUAAAAUAACAAAACAAAAAU